CGGCGGCGGAGGAGGCGAUGGCAGCGGACACUGAGCGGGCUUGAGGGCUCGGACCUGCUCCCUCCCGCGCGACCUCGAGCCCGACCCCGCGCUGCGGCCCCAGCUCUCUCCGCUCCGCUCCUGCUCCGUCCCCGACCGCUGCCUGGGAGGAGGCGGAGGCGGAGUCCCGGGCUGGCCGUCCUGUUCGCGCCCCGGCUCGGCCCCGGAUAGCCCGGCAACUGUGCAAAGAGGAGGCCGAGUCGGUAGUGAAAAGAGAAUUCCGAAGAACAGGAUCUCAAGAUGAGUAAAAAGCCCCCAAAUCGUCCUGGAAUCACUUUUGAGAUUGGUGCUCGUUUGGAGGCACUGGACUACUUACAAAAAUGGUAUCCAUCACGAAUUGAAAAAAUCGACUAUGAGGAGGGCAAGAUGUUGGUCCAUUUUGAGCGCUGGAGUCAUCGUUAUGAUGAGUGGAUUUACUGGGAUAGCAAUAGGUUGAGACCCCUUGAGAGACCUGCAUUAAGAAAAGAAGGGCUAAAAGACGAGGAAGACUUCUUUGAUUUUAAAGCCGGAGAAGAAGUUCUGGCUCGUUGGACAGACUGUCGCUAUUACCCUGCCAAGAUUGAGGCGAUUAACAAAGAAGGAACUUUCACAGUUCAGUUUUAUGAUGGAGUUAUUCGUUGUUUAAAGAGAAUGCACAUUAAAGCCAUGCCCGAGGAUGCUAAGGGGCAGUUUCUGUUCCAGGUGAAAUCCCAGCAUCCACUAAGCUGGUGUUGUCCUAUCGACCCAGCUGGAUCGUGUAACCAGUCUAUGGGAAGUGAGGAUUGGAUAGCUUUAGUCAAAGCAGCUGCUGCAGCUGCAGCCAAGAAUAAAACAGGGAACAAACCUCGGACUAGCGCUAACAGCAAUAAAGAUAAAGAGAAAGAUGAGAGAAAAUGGUUUAAAGUACCUUCAAAAAAGGAAGAAACUUCAGCUUCUCUAGCCACACCAGAAGUUGAGAAGAAGGAAGAUCUGCCCACAUCUAGUGAAACAUUUGUAGGACUUCAUGUAGAGAACGUUCCAAAGAUGGUCUUUCCACAGCCAGAGAGCACAUUAUCAAACAAGAGGAAAAAUAAUCAAGGCAACUCAUUUCAGGCAAAGAGAGCUCGACUUAACAAGAUUACUGGUUUGUUGGCAUCCAAAGCUGUUGGGGUGGAUGGUGCUGAAAAAAAGGAAGACAACAGUGAAACGGCUCCAAUGCUGGAGCAGGCGAUUUCACCUAAACCUCAAAGUCAGAAAAAAAAUGAAGCUGACAUUAGCAGUUCUGCCAACACUCAGAAACCUGCACUGUUAUCCUCAACUUUGUCUUCAGGGAAGGCUCGCAGCAAGAAAUGCAAACAUGAAUCUGGAGAUUCUUCUGGGUGUAUAAAAUCCCCUAAAUCACCACUUUCCCCAGAAUUAAUACAAGUCGAGGAUUUGACGCUUGUAUCUCAGCUUUCUUCUUCAAUGAUAAAUAAAACUAGUCCUCCACAGCCUGUGAACCCCCCUAGACCUUUCAAGCAUAGUGAGCGGAGAAGAAGAUCUCAGCGUUUAGCCACCUUGCCCAUGCCUGAUGAUUCUGUAGAAAAGGUUUCUCCUCCCUCUCCAGCCACUGAUGGGAAAGUAUUCUCCAUCAUUUCUCAAAAUCAGCAAGAGUCUUCAGUACCAGAGGUGCCUGAUGUUGCACAUUUGUCACUUGAGAAACUGGGACCCUGUCUCCCUCUUGACUUAAGUCGUGGUUCGGAAGUUACAGCACCGCUAGCCCCAGAUCCCUCUUACUAUAAUGAAUGCCCCAGGGCAGAAAAGGAAGAUACACAGAUGCUUACAAAUCUUUCUUCCAAAGCAGUAACUGAUGGAAGAGGAGCUCCAACAGCAUCAGGAAUAUCGAAAACAGAAAAAAAAGUGAAAUUGGAAGAAAAAAGCUCAACUACAUUUGGUAAGAGAAAAGAAAAGGAUAAAGAAAGAAAAGAGAAGAGGGACAAAGAUCACUACAAACCAAAGCAGAAGAAGAAGAAGAAAAAGAAAAAGAAAUCUAAGCAGCAUGACUAUUCAGACUAUGAAGACAGUUCCCUAGAAUUUUUGGAAAGGUGCUCUUCUCCACUAACUCGAUCUUCUGGGAGUUCUCUGGCUCUACGAAGCAUGUUUACGGAGAAAAAUACAACAUAUCAGUACCCAAGGGCAAUUUUGUCAGUUGAUCUUAGUGGUGAAAACUUAUCGGAUGUGGAUUUCCUAGAUGAUUCUUCAACGGAGAGUUUGCUCCUAAGUGGGGAUGAGUACAAUCAGGACUUUGAUUCAACCAAUUUUGAGGAAUCUCAAGAUGAAGAUGAUGCGCUUAAUGAAAUUGUGCGAUGCAUUUGUGAAAUGGACGAGGAAAAUGGCUUCAUGAUUCAGUGUGAAGAGUGCCUGUGCUGGCAGCACAGCGUGUGCAUGGGGCUGCUGGAGGAGAGCAUCCCGGAGCAGUACCUCUGCUACAUCUGCCGGGACCCUCCAGGUCAGAGAUGGAGCGCAAAAUACCGUUAUGAUAAGGAUUGGUUGAAUAAUGGGAGAAUGUGUGGGUUAUCAUUUUUAAAAGAAAACUACUCUCAUCUCAAUGCCAAAAAGAUAGUUUCCACACACCACCUGCUUGCUGAUGUCUAUGGCGUUACGGAAGUCCUGCAUGGGUUACAGCUGAAGAUCGGAAUCCUAAAGAAUAAACAUCAUCCUGACCUUCGUCUCUGGGCUUGUUCUGGGAAGAGGAAAGAUCAAGUAAUUGCUGGGGUAGAAAAAAAACUAAUGGUGCAAGACACAGUUAAUGUGGAAGAAAAGAAGUAUCAUGUACAGAACCAUAAGGAACCACCUCGUUUGCCCCUAAAAGUGGAGGGAACUUAUAUAACAAGUGAACACAGCUACCAAAAGCCACAAAGUUUUGGUCAAGACUGCAAAACUCUCGCAGACCCUGGGAGCUCAGAUGAUGAUGAUGUUAGUAGUUUUGAAGAAGAACAGGAAUUUCACAUGAGAGAUAAAAACCGUUUACAAUACCCAGUAAAAGAAGAUGGAAAGCCCAGAAAGAAGAAUUCAGCUGAAAGGAAUACAGUAUUUGUUUAUAAUGAUAAAAAGGGCACUGAAGACCCGGGAGACUCACAUCUUCAGUGGCAACUCAAUCUCCUUACACACAUAGAGAAUGUGCAGAAUGAAGUCACCAGCAGGAUGGACCUGAUAGAAAAAGAAGUUGAUGUUCUGGAAAGCUGGCUUGAUUUCACAGGGGAGUUGGAGCCACCUGAUCCUCUCACGAGGCUGCCCCAACUUAAACGCCACAUCAAACAGCUCCUAAUGGACAUGGGCAAAGUACAACAAAUAGCAACUCUCUGCUCUGUAUGACAGCAGUGAACACCUAAUGCAAAGAAUGUGGCUCUGUUCAGUCGACUAAUUUUUAUUAUCCACACGGCUGCUAAGUGGAUAGUUAAAAAGCUUAGUGAUGUUUGGUCAUUUACUGAUUUGUGACAUCAAUAGGAUGGCACCUUGGAAAGGAAAAUGAAGAACAACUUUAUCAAGGAAGCUAAUAUUAAAAAAGUUUAUGAGCUAGAUACAAAUGAUGAUGUGUCAUAUGCCAAGGAUCAGUGGAGGUAGAAUAUAAUCUGUGCUGAGGGAAUCAGAUUGGCAGGAUUUUUGAAUAGUUGCUAACAUGAAGCUCGAGAUACCUGUAGAAAGAAAUAUGGUGUAUUACAUAGUUUUUAGUAGAAAGAUCUAUGUUUAUAAACCAACAUUUGGCCCAAACCAAAAGUGUAGAGGAAAUUUAAAUUCUGGAGAGUUCUAUAAGCUUGUUGUAAGAACUGUCUUCUCUGCAGUUGAUCUACCUGCACCGAAGUUUAGAGUAUUGAAACUUUUAUAGGAUCAUGAGCUGUUUCUUAGGUGAUGAAUGUCCUUAAUCAGAAAACUGACAGUAGAAGUCUCACUUCUGAGGAAAACAGUUGUGGAAUUCUUACUUCAUUAUGAAUAUAUUGUAAAAACAAACAACAAAAUAAUUGGAGUUUAUUGCUGGCAUUAAGCUCACUGUAAAAAACAGAAUGGCUCGUAGAAGGGUCAGUGUGCCAAAUGAUGAUGAUACUGCUGGAAAGAGAAUUUUAAAUCCUGUGGGAGUUCUCUCACCCAAGUCUUACAUAAUGCCAUCAGCCCAUCAGAAACGCAUAUAUCACAUAUACUAUAUAGAGAAUAUAUAUGGUCAAAUUUCAGUAUCCAGGUUUCAACGUACAGUUUGAUCCUGAGUAUGCUUGGUAUUUGCCUUCAGAAAAAAAGAAGUUGUAAAUAACCUCAGCUGGGAUGAGGAGUGACAAAAAUAUCAAAAUAAUUUGUGGCUGUGGAUUUUUAACUGCUGGUAGUGGAAUACUGGAAAAGCUUCAUUUCUGAAGAUGAAUUUUAUUUUUAAAAAAUACAUACGCACUCAAAACUCUUAGCUUUGAUCACAAAUGGACAGAUUUCUGAAACCAAAGGCAACUCAGUUGCUGUGUCAGCUCUUGCUGGAUUUCGAGCCCAGGCCCUCCUGUCUGCCAGUGCUCUUGUGAGUUGUGUGCUGCCCCCAGUGCUCUGCGUGCAGGUAUGCGUUAAGUGUGUGUGCUUGUUUGAAACAAACACUCAACGUACAUAUGUACAUAAUCUACACAUAUUUAUAUCUACACAUAUCUAGUUUUAUUACUAUAGACUAUAAGAACUGGUGGUUAACAUGAAAUGUUACCUUUUAACAGACUGUUUUUAAAAAUUAAAAAUGUAUGUACAGGUUUUGAAACUUUUUUAAAAAGAGGAAAAAAGACUGUUAGGAGGCUAUUUGAUGACAUAUAACACUUGAAUAUUUUAUGCCUCGUUCUGUUGAUCAGUUCUAGCAAUCUGUAUAAAUGCAUUUUAGAACUGAUGGACAGUAAACUUGAAUUUAUCUUUGAUAAGAAUACAUGCCACUGUACAUUCAGAUAUUAUUUAAAUUUGCAAACACACUGUUCUAUAUGUAAGGUACUGUAUGUAAAACUCUUUAUUAAAACAAUUCCACAUAUCAUAAAAUUUCAGCUUGCCUUUUUGCAGCCUUAUAUUUUGAUGUAAAGAUGAUUAAAAGAAUGUGCAAAACAGUCAUUAGACAUUUUUAUUGCCUUUUGACAUUCUCCAACUUGACAAAUGUGCCAAAGAUCACAGACAUAAAAUACAGCCCUAUGUAUUACUUAUGAUACAUUAACUUUGUCAAAAAUCUUACUGAGAAAUGAAAAGCUUUGGUAGAGGGAUAUGAGGUAGUUAUUAAAUUUGCAUAUUAAAGUAAAAAUAAUAGUGCCUAUAUUUCAUGUGUGGAGUAAAUUUGCUAAUGUCUCUAUUUCAAGUUUGAUACUUUGCCUUUCAUUUGUGUUUUAAAAUAAUGGCUCUAAUCUUUUCCCUAUUAUGGUUAAAUUCUAGACAUUUAAUUUAUAUCUUUUUUUUCAGAAUGGAGCAAGUAGCAUCCUUAACAGGCUGUGAAUAGCGGUGUUGCCUAGAUUCUUGUCACAUGCACAGAGGACCCUUUGUACCCAGUGGCACUCAUAUUCUUAAUCCCUGAUGACCACAGUUAAGUUAAUGUGCAUUUGUUCUUGGAGUAUCUUAAAAUUAGAUCACUUUAUUUGUUAGCAGCCAGCAAACUAGAAGUUCAACUAAUAAUUAGAAUAUUGAAUUUUUGCUCUGCUUUUAUGCAUAUGAAUUGGGAGUCUGAAUUUUUACUUUAUAUUUUUAAAGUAAAUCUGUAUCAAAUUACUUGUAUGCACAUAUCCACUUAAUAUAGAGUAUAUCAACAAUUGGUUGAAGCCUUUUAGCAACUAGCAGGCCGAGUCAUUCCUUAUUUAGGAAAGUGAAUUCAUUUUUGAGAAGUAAGUCCAUUGUGUGAGGUUUCAGAUGAGUUUUCUUUCCACUUAGUCUUACUUAAAAAAUGUGAGUAUAUAUAUUUAAAUAUAAGCAAUAAACUAGAGAGGGUGUUUCUUGAAAAGAUAACUUUUCAUUGCUACCCAGACAGAAUAGACUGACAUUGGUGGGGAAGGAUCCUUCUUAGUAUGGUACUGAUAAGUAUAAUUUGUACUUCUUCAUACUCCUGUGUGUUUCUACUGACUUAUUAUUUUCAAACUUAAGAGUAAUGCACACUUUCCUUAAAGGAAAUUGAUUAUUCUCAUAAUUUCAGGUAAAAUCCUUUUUCCUGACACUCACCUUAUUUCCACUGACGUCCUCUCAGAUGUUCAUAUUCUGUGUGUUCAAAAUGAAGGAGCCCAUUUCCCCUCCAGCCAACUGGGUCUCCUGCCAGUUUCACUCUCUCUGCUUUAAUAUCACCACCCUCAGCCCCGGCUUGAAACUUGCAGUCCCUCCCCCUUAUCCAUUUCUUCACUAGAUGUGCUGGUUCCUUAAAAUGGAUGGUGUCAUCUUCCUCCUUCUCAAUCCCACCAGUAGUACACCGUCUUUUACAAAAUCAUGUCAUGGAGGUAUUACUGUGGGCUUAAGAAAUUUUAAUUUUCUCUUCAUUCUGAUUCAUCAAAAUGGUCACUGUCAAGUUAGGGGAUUAACAUUGAGUGACUGCUCUGUGCCAGGUAUUGUACAUGUUACCUGCAGCAUCUAAUUUCGUUCUUUUGUGGAAAGGUAAGACAGGAUCAUUUUUAAGAUGGGGAAGCUGAGGUUUAGAAACAUUUAGAGACUUGUCACAUAUUAGUGACAGGUUCAAGACGCAAACCCCGUGCUGUUUAAACUCAUGUUCUUUUCCUAGCAGGUGUGUUUCACCUAUUCUUGUCAUUUGUGUUUUCUGAUAUCAUUAGUGACUCCCUAUUUCAAACCAAGUCAGGUCUGUGUAAUCUGGAUCUUUUGUAUUUUACCUAACCGAUUCUCAAAUCCAUUUAAAUACAGCCUCACUGUUUAGAUAGACUAUGCUUGUUUCCAUCUCUUGCCUUCAUAUUAUUUUCCUCUUCUGGAAAAUUCUUCUUUGUUUGUUGUGUCUCUAUAAAUGCAGACAGUUCUUCAGGUUUCAAUUUCUCUUCCUAAGAGAAGCAGUCCAUUGUUGAAGGCCUCUUAUAGUAUCCUGCAUUGUACUGACGUGCAGGGACCACGUCAGUGAAUCAUAUAUUUCCUGUAGUGGAGCAGGCGUGAGCUUUGCAAUUCUCUCCUCAGAUUUUCACUCUGGCGGUUUGCCAGCAGUGAUCUCUCUGAGCUUUGGUUUUCUUACGUAUAAAAUGGGAAGAAUACUUAGGCUAGAACCUGGUUUUGCGAGUUAAAUGAAGCAAAUAAAGUAUUUAAAUUACAAAGUUGAAAAUUAAAUAUAGGGGACACAUUGAAUGCCAUCUGUGUGCCAGCCAUUAAGUCAUAUGGUUGGUUAUGGAGUUAAUGUUAAUGGAACCACAGUCUACAGGCUAACGGAAACAUUAAAAAAAUUUUUUUUCAACGAGAUAGGUGAUAGCAAAGAGUAUAAGGAACCACAGAGGCAAAAGAAAGGAAAGAUAACUAGACUUGUAUGUAGGUGGAGAGGUUUGGGGGACAUAGAAUAUAUAUGUUAAUUAAAGUGGUGGUCUUUGAAUGUUUUUUGACUGUGACCUCUCUGUAGGAAUUUAGAAAAAUUGUAAUUCAUUUCUGGUACCUGGAGAUCUGGAGACAAGACUUAAGUGUAUUUUGUUUAUUUAAGAGGAAGUUGGAGUGAGUCAUCUAAGGAAGUUGGAGUGAGGAAGGGGGAAAAGUAGGGAAGGGGAGGAAAAAGCCAAGGUAAAUAUGCACAAUUGAGAACAGUGCUAUGGGCAGUGGGGCUUUGAUUCUGCCAUUUGAAAUUGUUCAUCAUAAAUGUAAACAGUUGCAAAGAGUGUGAUUUCUAAUUUAUAAAUAUUGGCCUAUUAAAAUCAACCUGUUAUCAUUUUAAAAUGUAUACAAUAGAAUCGAUACAAUUUUGCUACUUACCAACAUCUAUUUUAAAAAUACAUGAGCAAGCUCUUCUUUAACAUUUGAAAACUUUACAAAUUUUAUAUUCUGUUUUCUGCCUUUCCAGUUUGCUUCCUAAUAGAAUGUUAUCUUCUUUUAUACUUACAGGCCUUUGUCAUCCUCUUGUACUUUUGUCCACAUACACACAGAAAAGUAAAUUGCAUUUUUAAAACGUAUUUAUAGGCUUCUUAAUAGAGUAUCAAAAUACAUGAAGCAAACACUAAUAUCGCUGAAUAGAAAAUAGAAAAAUCUGCAAUUAUAGUUGAAGAUUUUAGCCCUCCUUUAACACUAAUUGAUAGAACAAGUAGACAGAAAAUCAGGAUAGAAGACUUGAACAAAGAUGAACACUCAACUUGACCUAAUUGACAUUGAUAGAAUGUUCCACCCAACAACGUGAGAAUACAAAUUUCCUCUUUAAUACACAUGGAACACUCAAAAAGAUGGACUACAUACUAGACUAUAAAACAGCUCUCAACUCAUUUAAAAUUGAAAUGCAUAAAAUGUUCUCCAACAAUAAUGGAAUUAAACUGGAAAUCAGUAUUAGAUAACUGAAAAAACCCCAAAGUGUUUGGAAAUUAUCACAUACUUGUAAAACAAUCCAUGACUCAAAAAAGUUACAAGUAAAAUUAGAAAAUAUUUUUAAUUGAAUGAAAAUGAAAAUACAUCAUGUUAAAAUUUGUGGGAUGCAGCUCAAUAUUAGAGGGAAAUUUACAGUUUCAAAUGCUUAUAAUAAAAAGCAAGGUACAGAUUUUAACUAGACUUGUCAUUUUGCAAUAUAUACAAAUAUUGAAUCUUAUUGUACACCUGAAACUAAUGUCAAUUAUACCUCAAUUAAAAAAAUAGACAUUUUAAAUACAAAAGGUACAAAAUCACUGGUUUAAGAUUUAAAAAAACUAGAAAAACAAACAAAUUAAAACCAAAAUAAAUGGAAAAAGAAAGAAAUGUGCUGAAAUCAAUGAAAUACUAAAUGGACGAAUAGUAGGGAAGCAUCAAUAUAAAUGAAAAAGCUGAUUCUUUGCACAGAACGAUAAAAUUGGUUAACUCCUACAUAGACUGAUCGGAAAUUAGAAUGGAAGCGGGAACAUUAAAACAUACAGUUUUUUUUAAAGGGUAUUAUGAAAAACCAGUGCCAAUAAGUUUAACAGCUUACAUGAAACAGAGAAAUUCCUCAAAAGAUACAAGUUAGCAAAACUGACUCAAGAAAUUAAAUAAAUUGAAUUUGAAAUUGAAAAUGUUCCCUCAGAACUCCAGGCCUUGUGCUCUAUAGCCUGCAAGCCACAACUACUGAGCCUGCUUGCCACAGCUACUGAAACCCAUGCGCCUAGAGCCCAUGCUCCGCAACAAGAGAAGCCACUGCAGUGAGAAGGCCACGCACUGCAAUGAAGAGUAGCUCCUGCUCGCUGCAACUAGAAAAAGCCCGUGCCUAGCAACGAAGACCCAAUGCAGCUAAAAAUAAACAAAUUAAAAAAAAAAAAAGGACCCAAUCCCUUCUUUAAAAAAAAAACCAAAAAACUCCAGGCUUAAAUGUGACUUCUAUCAAACAUUUAAGGAAGAAAACUUGAUUUUACACAAGCACUGAGAAGAAAGGAACACUUGUUUCAAGACCAACUUUGACCUCAUUCCAGAACCAGAAAAAAACACUGCAAGGAAAGGAAAUUACAGACUAAUACAUAUCCCUUUUGAACAUAGACACAGUCCCCACAAAAUAUUAGCAAUGUGAACCCAGUCAUAUACAAUAAGGAUAAUAUAUCAAGAUCAAGUUGGGUAUUCCACAGGAAUACCAAUACAAGGAAACCAGUACAAAGUUGGUUUAAUGUCAGUAAAAUAAUGAAAUUAUGUUAAUCUCACUAAAUUAAGAUAAAGGUUUUCAUAAAUUUCAGCAUCCAUUCAAGAUUAAAAACUACCAGAAAAGGAAUAGAAAAGAAUUUGCAUAACAAUAGAGGGCAUCUAUCAAGAAACUUAAACCUCAUAAUGGUAAAUGAAUACUUUUCUCUAAAAUAAGGAACAAGUCCAGAAUAUCCACUAUCACCAUUAUUAUCCAACAUCAAUCUGGAGGUCCUGCUAGUGCAAUAUGGCACUGGACAAUAAAGGAGGAAAAAUAAAAGGCAUAGCACUUGGAAAGGAAGAAGAAACAUUUGCAGGUGACAUGCUGUGUACCUGGAAAAGUCUAAGGAGCCUAUCAAAAUGCCACUAGAACUAAUGUUUCUGUACAUUAGCAAGGAGAUAUUGGAAGUUAGAAUUUUUUAAAUGCCAUUUUCAAUAGCAUAAAAAAAAAUACUUAACAGUAAAUCUGAAAACAUGCAGAACCUGUACAGAGAAAACUACAAAACAAUGCCUAGAAUAAAGACGAGAUAAAUGAAUAGAAAGAUACACUAAGAACAUGGAUUGGAAGACACAGUACUGUUAACAUUUGUCAGUUCUCCCAAAAUGGAUUGAUAGAUAUAAUGCAAUCCCGAGUAAAAUCCCAGCAGACUUUUUGAAAUAGAAAUUAGUGAACUGAUUCUAAAUUUUAUAUGGAAAUGUAAAGGACCUAGAAUGCCCUGAACAAUUUUGAAAAGGAAGAACUAAAGUUGAGGGACAUAUAAUUUCUGAUUUGGUGGCUUAAUAAGCUAUAGUAGCCAAGACAGUAUAGAAGUAGCAUAAAGAUAGAGAUGUAGAUUGAUAGUACAGAAUAGGGAAUCUAGAAAUCAACCUAAAAAAAUAUGGUCAGUUGAAUGAAGGAGAGUUCUUGUUGUUCCACAUCCUUCCUUGCCAGUGUUUAUUUGGUGUUUGCCAAUGUUUUGGAUGUUAACCAUUUUAAUAGGUGUGAAGUGAUCCAUCCUUUUAAUUUGCAAGUAGAUAUCCAAUUGCUCCAGUGCCUUUUGUUAAAAAUAUUAUUUUCCCUUUGAAUUACCUAGGUCCCUUUGUCAAAAAUCAAUUGACCAUAAUUAUGUAGGUUUAUUUCCAUACUCUUCCCAUUGAUCUAUAUGUCCUUAUGCAAAUGUCACACUAUCUUGAUUACUGUAGCUUAAGAGUAAGGUUUGGAAUCAAUUGGAUGGUGUAAUUCCUUUAAUUAUGUUCUUUCUUACCUGUUUUUGCCAACUUUGGUUUUUUUGCAUUUCUAUAAAAGUUUUAGGAUCAGAUUUGUUACCUUCUUUUAAAAACCUGCUGGAAUUUUGACAGGAACUGCACAGAAUCUACAGAUCAGUUACCAUUCUAACACUAUUGAGUCUUGUGAUCCAAGAGCAUGCUGUGUUUCUCCAUUUGUUUAGGAUUUCUGUAUUUUUUUCCAGCAAAAUUUUGUAGUUUUCAGUGUUCAGAUUUUGCACUUGUUAAGUUUAUUUCUAAGUAUUUUCUUCUUUUUGAUGAUAUUGUAAAUGGAACUGUUUUCUCAAUUUUGUUUUCAGAUGUUUAAUUACUAGAAUAUAAAUAAAAUUGUUUUUUU